AUGGCCUGGCCGCAGCUCCGGUGCUGGCGCCUCGUUCCCUCGCUGCACGGGACCCUGGGGCUGGCUCCUCUGCUGCUGCCACUGCUCCUGGCGCUGCGUGUCGGGCUCGGGGCCGACUGCCAGUGCCAGGCCCCAGCGCUGUGCCGUCCCAUCACCCAUCGUUCAUCGCCCCGACUUCGAGGAGAUGUAUCCAUAAGGGAUAUCAUUAAUGCUACUUUAAGAGCAUCCUGGUUAGCUCAACAAGUUAAGCUGGCCAAAACACAAUAUAUGGAUGGAAUUAAUCUAGAAGAAGUUGCUCGUUCAUCACAUGAAUAUUAUGCGUUAACUGCUUUAGUCAAAGAAACUGCAGACUCUUUCCAUCAUGAAAUUGAGGGAUCACAGGUAACAUUUGAUGUAUCUUGGUCUCCAAACUGCUUAGGUAGGAGGUGCUAUAAUUAUACUGGAAUUGCAGAUGCUUGUGACUUUCUCUUUGUGAUGUCUUAUGGUGAAUGAAGUCUGGUCUGGUCACAAUGUAUUGCAGGAGCCAAUUCUCCCUAUACUAAGACAUUAACAGGAUAUGAUGACUACAUCAAGAUAGGCAUUAACCCUAAGAAACCUGUAAUGGGUAUUCCCUGGUAUGGUUAUGAUUAUACCUGCCAAAAUCUAUCAGUGAAUCAUGUUUGUACCACUGCAAAAUACCCUUGUAAAGAUGCUGUAUACCGUCAGGUGGCCUAUCAAAUGAUCAUGAAGCAAGUAAAUAGUUCUACUUCUGGAAGACUGUGGGAUAAAAUUCAGCAGUCUCCUUAUUAUCACUAUCAAGAUCAGGCUGGCCAUUUUCAUCAAGUGUGGUAUGAUGACCCUCAGAGCAUGUCUCUAAAGGCAGCAUAUGUACAAAACCGUGGCUUACUCGGCAUUGGCAUGUGGCAUGCAAACUGUCUUGACUACUCUGGAGAUGCUAUAGACAAACAGCAAACUGAAGAAACGUGGAAAGCUUUAAAACCAAAGCUGUGA